CCGGCAGCCCGGCGGCUCCGCGGCGGGGGGAACGUUCCCGCACCGAGCGCGGCGCUCCCGCCGAGCCCGCCCGGCCCGGCCCUUCCGGCGGCGCGGGAGGAGGAGCCGCCCGGGAAGGUGACCGGGAGCGGGAGGGAGCGGCCCGGGAGGGUGACGGGCACCGGGCGGGGUGAGCCGGGAGGGUGACCGGCACCAUGCACCGGCUGGGCCCGGCCGCGCUCGGGGCUCUGCUGAGGGCGGCGCGGGGCGGCCCCCGGGGCCCGGCCCCCUUGUCCUCCUCCUCCUCCUCCUCCUUCUCCUCCGCCGCCCCCCCGCAGCCCGCGAUCGCCGCCAAGGAGCCCUUCCCGGUGGAGCUGAAGGCGGGGAAGACGUACGGGUGGUGCUCGUGCGGGCACAGCAAGCGCCAGCCCUUCUGCGACGGCUCCCACAAGAAGGAGGCCCGGAUGUCCCCGCUGCGCUUCACCCCCCAGGAGGACGGGCCCGCCUGGCUCUGCGGGUGCAAACGCACCCAAAACCCCCCGUACUGCGACGGCACCCACAACGGGGAGGCGGUUCAGGGGGCCCCCCUGCCCCCCCGGGCCUGACGUGGAGCCCACGGGAGCUGGGGAGCACCGGGAUGCGCGGAGGGAGCGGGGAGAUGCUGAGCCCCCACCCCACUUAAAUCUGAAUUACUGAGGAGCUGCAGCAAACCAGCCCGUGGGGCAGGGAAUUUGCCCUGGGUCCACCUGGGCUCCUGCCAAAGGCUCAGCAGCGGCUGGGAAGGAAGGAAUCCCGUGGACAGUGGGGUUCUCAGGAGCGGGUUUGCGCUGCCAGAGCUGUGGGUGCCCGUCAGGAUGUGGGAUGGGAGGGCCUGUGGGGUUUGGGAUAGGGGGACCUGUGGGAUUUGGGAUGGGGGGUGCUCUGUGGGAUUAGGGAUGGAGGGAUGCAUGGGAGGCAGGACAGAGGGACUUUUGGGCUUGGGGAUGGAGGGACCUGUGGAAUUCGGGAUGGAGUGACCUGUGGGAUGCAGGACAAAGAAACCUGUGUGAUUUGGGACAGAGGGACCUGGAGCUGCCCCUGUACAGGUGGGAAGGACAGUCUGCAGCAUUUAUUACAUUUACAAAGCUGUAUCCAUACAAAUGUGUAACCAAGAACAAUACCUGGAUAUCGGGAUAUCUUACAGGACAUUAAAACGCCGUACAGGAUGCAAA